AUGCUCCGCUCGAGCAAGUCGCUCAAUAUUGCCAUGAUUCCUGUUUACCGGAAUAAUGUCGCCACUGGAAUGAAAUAUUUCUUCACUCUUGAAACCGGCGAAAAAACGGGUCUCUACCUUGAUCUCCGCCAAAACGCCCAAGAACGGCCAUACACACUCAAAUCAUUCUUUGAUGAGUUCGGCUCUCCACUCACCUUUGACUCCGAGUUCAGUUUUACUGAAAGCUUUUCAUUUUCGGAUUACAUAAACAAACAUCAGCAAAUAUUGCGAAAAGUGCUGAAACCAAGAUCUGAUCUGGCGGAUCCACCAAGCAUCUUUUUAUGUAGGAAUAAGAAAGAUCAGUACAGCCCUUGGUACCCAGAUCAAGAAUGGAACCGAUGCGGAGAAGCGUUCCCGUCCGAUGAUGAAAACCAAUGCCAAUGUGAUGAUAAGUGUUUGGAACGAAAAGACUGCUGCCCUGAUUACAUGACAUCUUGUCACGACGAGCCUAGUUUUAUCGACCAAGAAUGUUUCGCCGAAGAAGGCCAUCAGUGCCCAGACUCUACUUACGAAAAAACUACCCUUCUUAUAUCAACUGAUGGCUUCCGCAAAGAUUACCUGACUCGUUCCGAGUUUAUUCCUACAAUCAAUCGAUUGCGCGAGUGCGGAUCCACUGCCGAAUUCAUGGAGCCUUCCUAUCCUUCGAAAACAUUUCCCAAUCACUACACUCUCGUUACUGGUCUUUUCCCAAGCCAGCAUGGUAUCGUUGGUAAUGCCUGGUACGACUGGGAGAAAGAUGCUCAAUGCAGUGUUUUUAACAUCAACGAUGGAAAACAUCCCUGUAACGUUGUCGAAGAUGGUUACUACGGAGGUGAUCCAAUCUGGAAUAUGGCUGAAAGGCAUAACUUGAUCUCCGCCUGUUGUCUUUGGCCAGGCAACGAAAAUCCAAUCAAUGGAGAAAUCGCCACUUACCACUGGGACUACGCUGUUUGGGGCGAAAAACCAUUCGGGCAUAGAAUCCUUCAAAUUCUUGACUGGCUAAAUUUGCCUGCUUACUCUGGUUCAGGCCCAAAAGAAGGUUUUAGACCGCAGUUUCUUACGCUCUACUUUGAUGAGCCUGACAAAACUGGUCACUCUCAUGGACCCUACGAUGAAACAGGUGCAUUGGAUAGUGCUUUAAAACGAGUGGACAUUCAUCUUCAGCAACUUAUGGAUGGGUUGAAAAUGUACAAUUUGGACAAAUGCGUCAACAUCGUCCUUGCAACUGAUCAUGGAAUGGAACAGGGACUUUGUGAAGAUGAAAUUGCUAUGGCACCCAUCAUCAGAAACUACGACGGAACAAUUCUUGACGAAACGUAUGUUCAAGUGAAAUCAACAACGACUCAAAUCGGCAAUAAGCGCGGAACUGGUCAAGGAAGCGAUUUUGACAUCGCAAGGACGAUAGAUUCAAUCGAAUGCACACAGGAGGAAAAUAACUUUCGCGUGUUUGACAAAUAUAACUUUCCAAAACGCCUUCACUACGAUGAGUCGACGUCAAUUGAAUCCAUUUUGCUUCUAAACGAUCGCUUCAACAAAUCAACUUUCAACCCCCGAAGUAGUUGUAACAAUGAAGGCUACAUGGGUACACAUGGCUGGGAUUCGAAAUAUGACGGCAUGAAGGUUCCUCUUACACUCUACGGACCAGCAUUCAAGAAAGGAGUGGAGCUGCCGUCGCUUCAAAAUGUUGAUAUUUAUAAGUUGCUAAUGGAAACGUUGCAGAUUCCCGCUGACUCGGAUAAACUCAUGUCAGAACAUUUCGAUCGUCAAAUUUCUCCCGUUGGUCAAUUCUAUACUGUCAUGAAAAAUCCUACAAAUCUCCCAGAGGCUCGAACUUGGAACCAGGCGGCGAUGACGCACAAAACUGACGAAUCUGGUCACUCAGUCUGGUACUACUGUGAUAAGAUGGAAGGCUGUGAGCCCUGGUACAAUGAAGAUUUCGAUAAGCCAUUUUGGUGGGGAAGCUUUGAAAGUCAACUGCUUCCGUUUUUCUUUGAAAGCGGAAUUCAAUGGAUUCAAAUGGGCGCAGCUUUUGAUGUGACUGGUGGCGGAGUUUAUCAAGAUCCAAAAGAGUGGACAGGGAGAACUGACAACAAAUGGUGCCACAGAAAAGUUUCAGAGACUCAAGUUCAAUGGCUCCCUUCCCAUUAUUACAUCGUCAUCAAAUCAAAAUCGAAUGAAAUUUUCUCCGCCCUCAUUCCAUGGAGAUUGGCCGAUAUGCAUAGGUACACUCCGUGCAAUGUGGUGAACGAUGAUGAAGUUCGACAAACUUAUGUUGCCGACUUCAAUUGCCAGUUGAACAAACUUGGGCUAGACUGGGAAACAUCCUGGAAACCCUGGUGGGAGGAACAACUAGAGCUUCAUUCGUCAAGAAUCUUGGAGGUAGAACGACUAACAACCUUCGGCAUCAAUAUUGGCCAAGAUGAUCCAGUCGUCGAUGUUCAAGAACGAACGAAAAUGACUUCUUUCGGAGAUUUCGACCGACUUUUUGCUUCUGAGAUUUCAGAAACAACAACAACGACGACAACAACAACGACUUCCAAUGCAGCUCUCUUGUCAGUUUCCCUAUUUACUUUUGGAUUAGUUUUCGUGUAA